AUGACGAUCUGGACUUCGGAGCACAUCUUUGACCACCCAUGGGAAAUGGUUACCACAGCUGCAAUGCAGAAAUAUCCAAAACCCAUGAACCCAAGCGUAGUUGGUGUUGACGUGUUGGACAGACAUGUCGAUCCCUCUGGAAAGCUGUACAGCCAUAGACUCCUCAACGAGUGGGGCCUGCCUUCCUUUGUGAAGUCCCUUAUUGGUUCUGCAAGAACAAAAACGUACGUGCAAGAGCAUUCUGUAGUUGACCCUGUAAGAAAGACAAUGGAGCUCAAGUCCACUAACAUCUCAUUUACAAAUAUGGUCUCUGUAGACAAGAGGCUCACAUACAGGCCGCACCCCCAGGACCCAGAGAAAACUGUCCUGACCCAGGAAGCCAUCAUCACCGUGAAAGGGGUCAGCCUCAGCAGCUACCUUGAAGGACUCAUGGCAAGCACUAUAUCUUCCAAUGCUAACAAAGGCCAAGAAGCAAUGGAAUGGGUGAUACACAAACUGAACGCCGAAAUUGAAGAAUUGACAGCAUCAGCAAGAGGAAGCAUAAGGACACCAAUGGCGGCCGCAGCAGCGUUGGUAGAAAAAUGACAAUGGAAAUUGGUGUGCACCUACAGGGCCCCCAGGACUCUUCAG